GGAAGAAGAAUGAGAUAUAAGAAGUGAGAGCAAGAAAAAUGAUGAUAUCAUGUUUUGAUUUUUGGAAGGGUGGAAAAACAGUAGAGGAAGGGAGUGAGGAAUGGAAAGAGAUGAGCAUGAAAGUGAGAGAAGCAUGUGAGAGUUAUGGUUGCUUCCUCUUAAGGUGUGAUGAGAUGAACUCCAAUGGUGCACGCGAAGAACUGUUUAAGAAUAUGAAAGUACUGUUUGAUUUGCCUCAAGAAACAAAGCAGAAACACACGAGUUCAAAGCCUUUCAGAGGCUUCAACUCGUAUAACUUUUUGAACUCUCAGUGUGAAAGCUUUACAAUCGAUGAUGUUCUUCUCUCAACAUCCUUGGACACCUUGACCAACCUCAUGUGGCCUCAAGGAAACCCACAUUUUUGUGAGACAUUGAAGGGUACGAGCUUAAAGAUGUCAGAUUUAAGCUUGGUGAUCUUGAAAAUGAUUGUGGAGGGUUAUGGGCUUCCCCAGCAUCAUAUUUCAGAUGUUGAAAACCUCAAGAGUUCUUGCAACCUACGAUUCAACAUGUACAACACUGACAAAAACAAUACUGUGGACAAGAAUAUCUCCAAUGGUCACACUGACAAAAACACCUUAACCAUUUUGUGCCAAAAUGAAGUUCCGGGUUUGCAGGUGCUAUUGAAAACAGGGGAAUGGGUUGACAUAGAGAUACCCCAGAAUUGCUUUGUGGUUAUUGUUGGUGAUGCAUUGAAGGCAUGGAGCAAUGGAAGGGUUCAUGCAGCGAUGCAUAGAGUGGAGGUGAGAGGAGAGAAAGAGAAAGAGAGAUACACUCUUGGAAUUUUUGUGGCACCAAAGGAAGAGAUGAAGAUUGAGGUGCCUGGUGAGUUGGUAGAUCACAAAGAUCAUCCUCUUCGUUGUCGUCCAUUUAACUAUGGAGAGUUUCUCACUCACUUUUUUUCAACUCGCAACCAUAAUAAUGCAAUUGAUGUGUUUGCUGGUCUCUAAGAGUCACUCAGUUCAUCAUUAUAUAUGAAUGUACCACAUCAUCAAGUCAAAAUAAUAGGAGUGGACUAAUAUAAUUACAUCUCCUUUUAUAUA